CCUCUACAACGCCAAGAAAGUUAGCAGAAUUCUGGUCAGGCUAGCUACCUUCUCUAAGGUUGACUCCAUGGAGUUUAUCUCGUGCGGGGAAUAUAUAAGGCUUUUUAUCCUGCCCUACCAUCUUGUUUUGUUAUCAUUCCUGCUGACAAAAUUUAGCCCCCUUAAGCAGCAGAAUGUGACACACCUGCUUAAGCUAAACUUGGGCCUCAGAUGGCUAUGAAGGUUUUCUCUUUUUUCAUUUCCGAGCAAUGCGAUCGGCUGCACGUCUCCUUCGAUCGCUUAUCAACAUGGCUGUUUUAGACCCCAGAAAUUUUACGGAAGUUCGUUCGCAUUGCAGUGCUCACUACUUCUUUCCUCAACAAAAAAUGUGUUUUACCGUCUCAAUACGCGAAACAUCUCAGGUUCAAGACCCCAAUGCACGCUCAAGAAUACCCUCUUUCUCGAAUGUUCGAAAGGUUCUCAAACUUCUCCGGGAUUGCAAAAUUUUCGAUCAGCAGACAGAAGCAGCUUUGCAGGGGCUAGGGUUUACAUUUUCUCCUCCUUUUAUCAGGCAAGUUCUCUAUACGUUACAGAAAGAUGUAGAUAUGGCAUUGAGUUUUUUUGUGUUGACAGAACAGCAGAGUGGGAAAAUACAUUGCACAAAACUUUAUCAGAUUAUGGUUAAAAUUUUGAUUAGAUUUAAUGAUUUUGAAAAGCUACUGUAUAAAAUGGUAGAAAACCCUAAGUCAUCUGAUACUGCUUUUCUGCUUUCAGUAAAAUGCUCCGCAUUUCUGAAAUGUCCGGAAAGGACUUUAGAUGAAUUUAGACGGAUGAAAAACGCUGCUUGUAAAAGGCCUCCACAAAAGGCAUAUGAUGACUUGUUUGCUAUUCUUGUUCAAGGAAUUUUUUUAACCGAGGCUUCGAAAUUUUGCUCCGAGAUGCUCGAAGAUGGCUUGAAUCCUAAUAGUAUUUUCCUCGAUUUGCUACUUAUUGGGCUCUUGAAUCAGGAAAAAGUUGAAGAGGCUAUAGCAUUAGUAGAAUAUAGGGAAAUUCCAGCGUUUGUUCCCAGUGCAACAUGUUGCACUUUACUAGUCCGAGAGCUUUGCAAGGUAAAGCAGAACAAUAAGGCUUAUCGCAUUCUGAGUGACAUGUUGAAGAAAAAUAGUAAGAGUAUUCGACUUCUAAAUAUCUGUGUCAAUGCGCUCUGCAAAGCUGGGCAGCUUGAAGUGGCAGAAAUGCUUAUAUCAGAGAGUAUAGCUUGGGGUCAUGUUCCAAAUACUGUCACAUACAAUUCAUUGAUGACUGGAUUUUGUCUGGCAGAUAGGUUAGAGGAAUCUGAUUUGAUUUUGAGUAGAAUGAGGGAAACUGGUUGUGAGCCAAAUGUCAUUAGUUACAAUAUUUUGAUAUCUGCUUACAACAGAAAGUCAAUGCUAUCCCAUUCAUUGAAAGUUUUCGAAGAAAUGCUGAACAAGGGAAUAUCCGCAGAUCGUUGGAGUUAUAAUUCCAUGAUACACGGCUUCUUCAAUUCAGGUAGGCAGGAAGAGGCAAACAGGCUUGUGGAUGAGAUGAUAAAGGCAAAUUUGGUUCCCUGCACCGUAACAUACAAUACUAUACUAAAUGGACUCUGCAAGGUUGGCAAUGCAAUGGAUGCUCUUAGAUUGUUUAGGAAAUUGAGACAACUUGGAUUUUCUCCAGAUAUUGUCACUUACAACACACUUAUUGAUGGACUUUGCAAGGCUAGAAUGGUAGCCGAUGCACAGAUUAUUUUAAAGGAGGUUAGGAAAAUGGGUUAUGCACACAGCAUUGUUACAUAUACAACAGUCAUGAAUUGCUGCUUUAGAUCAGGCGAGUUUGAGCAGGCGUUCGUAAUGUAUUCAGAGAUGGAAAACAAUGGCUAUGCUUAUGAUGUGUUUAUAUAUUGUACUGUAAUCAGUGGUUUAUCUAAAAUGGGUAAGUUUAAAGAAGCUUAUGCAUGUAUGGAAAAGAUGUUGAACUCUGGUAUUGCUGUGGACUUAGUUACUUAUAAUUCAAUGAUCAACACUUUUUUCAAAGCAGGUGAACAAAAUAAAAUCAUUCAAUUGCUACAUGAAAUGGAGUCAAAGGGUUUGAUUGGUGACAUUUACACCAACACCAUAAUCAUUAAUUGGCUUUGUAAAAGCGGUGAUAUGGAUGCAGCUUAUAGGCACUUUAAUGCAAUGAUAAAGAUGGGCUGUGACCCAAAUCUUGUAACCUAUAAUGUAUUAAUUGAUGGUUUUUGUAAAGCUGGCAGAGUGGAUAGUGCCAUUGAUCUAUUCAAUAACAUGCAUGAGAAAGACUGUGUUACAUAUACCUCCUUAUUGCAUGGUCUUUGCAACACAGGAAGAGUCCUUCAUGCUUAUAAUCUUCUGCUCAACUGCAUAGUAAAUAACAUUACUUUCUAUGCUUCAGCUCAGCGGGCUGUUUUAAAUGAUCUAAAGAAAUCUUGUUACACUGCUGAAGCACGGAAACUUAAAUCUGUUAUUCAAAUGAAAAAGAUUAUGCAAGAAUAGUUCCUCAAGUCAAUUUAAACAUGCAAUUAUGCUGCAGAACAACUGCUAGCUUGCAUUUUACAGGGUUUGUGUUUAUCAUUUGUUGAUUAUGUCUCAACUUCAAGAGCAUUGCUGUUCUAUAGUGCCAUGAUGGUUCCCACACUUACAGUACAGUCAUGCAUUGAUCAUGAUGCACAGUGUCAGAAAGGUAGGUGCAAAAUUACUUAUUGCAGAUUAUUCUUUGUAUGUCUGUGGUUUUGCUCCAGAGAUAUUCUUAGCCCGUCUUUGCAUAAAGACACCAAUUUAAUCUUGAGUAUCAGCCUUUUGAAAAAUAUGCUUUGGUGAGAAACGGUAAUGGAUAACCUUAGUAGCAUCAAUUCAGUGGGAGAGUGAUGACAAGGAUUGGCAGACGGGUGUGUUUACUCUUUCUUUGUUGAGUCUGACAUUUUCACGAUGCAUGUGACCGAUUAUUUUUUACUCUGCAGAAUUUGUUUCCAGUUUAAACUUCA